GGGAUCCAGCCCUGCCAGCACCCUCUCGGUCUGGCUCUCCAGGAGGACAUGGGAGGCAAUGGUUAUGCGGAACAGCGCACACCCCCAUACCGACCUUUCUGCCGGGACCGCUCUCCCUGACACCAGGGGAAAACCGAUCUAAUUAAGAGAGGGGCUGCGUGCCGCUGGGGGAGGUGGCCUGGCAUCCCCCGCUGGCAGGCCACCACAGCCCCGUCUGUUCAGGCACAAGCUGAAGUUGACUGCCAAAACUGCUAUAAAACCGCAGGUCUGUCUAGAACUGUUUUCGGUUUUCCUAGACGCCCCCGGGUUCAAUUAUGGUCUUAAAAGCCCUAAUACAAGUGCAAGAAUUUGUCUGCCUUCACCCAGGGGCGGGGCGAGCCCCGCAAUGGUGGCGCCUUUGUUAUGGCAAAGUCACUGAAACCCUUCAUGCAUUCCUUUUGUUCGAAGGUAGGGGUGGUGAGGACUGGGUGGGCUGCAGAGAGAGAGUUUGGGAUAGCCAAAAUCAAGCCAGGGAACAGCUGGAAUACCUUUGUUUGAAACCUCUCCUUCUGUCUUUUGUAUUCUGUCUCUAAAAAAGAGAUGCUGUGGAGAAACAAAUAUUUAGCCUUGUUGAUCACCGCUGGAAAUAGAAGUUUUUUUGCCGCAGGGCAGUUCUGUAAAUGUGCUUCCCAGCUUUAGGAGGUCUGAAGCUACUCUUCUCCAAUAACCUUCCUUCUCAUUGGAACUUCUCACUCACAGCACUGCUGCCCUCUGGACAAGCCACAGUGGACAAAUAUGUCAAGCUGAAGAUGCACAAAUAAUUUCAAAUUCAGUUCUCAGGGAUUCAAGGGACAUGAAAGUUCUUGCAGCAAAUCUUGAAUAAAGAGUUCAUUAAACCAAUGUGUCCAAGUAGCUUGAUUUGUGAUAAGCAAUCCUUGUAAAGGUGGUAGUGGGGGGAGGUGGAGAGCCACAGAAACAUUAAUGCUAGUAAAUUAGUUUACUCGACUACAGAGUAAUUACUCGAUAUUAUUGAUAUUUACAGCAGAUAUUCAAAUGCAAUGGUAGGCCAUUAUUUGGAGAAAAUACAUAAUGAGAAUAUUUCUUUUCCAGUGCAAUACAUGAUUAGAUUUGUUAUUGAGUCAGUUACAGUCAGCUCAGCAAUAAAUAAAUAAAUCGAUGUUGACACUUAUAUACCAAAGAUCUUAGAGUUUAUACUCUAAAUCUCCCCCAAAAUAUGUAAAUACCUUUGGCUAUUUCCUGGAGAGGAAAAAGCAAAUGGUUAUCUUUUUAUAUAUCUUUUAUUUUCCUUCAGCAACACCCCAGAUCCUUCCAAGAAGAGAGUUGUUGGGAGGCCUCAGGUCUGGGCCCCUCUCAGCUCCUGGCCCUGCCUGGCUGCUCUGUGUCCUCUCCCUUCUUUCGCUUCCUCCAAACAUUGCUCCUUCAAUCCUGCAGGUUGUGGAGCAUAUUUUGCCUUCUUAAUGUAUUUUUUUCCUCUUCUCAAGAAAGCUAGACUCAGAGUAUUGCUAUGGUCUCUCUUUAUCCUUAGCACAAACCUAGCCUUUUAAAGGCAUCCCUGUCUUCCCAGGUGCAGGGAGUUGGGGAAGCACCUCUCCUUUCUCUGGCAUUGUAUUCCUUCUGUGGAAUGAACAGUAGGAAAGGCACAGAGCUCUCUGAGUUUUUGCCCUGCACAUCCCUUGCUUUCACUCUCACACAUUGCAAGGAAAGAGAGAAGGAGAGCAGGAGAGUAGGCGAGUUACCCCUUUCUCAGCCACCUCUCCUUGGCCCUCAGCCCGUCCUUUCCACCCCCAUUCUCCCCACACCCGUGGAGCUCUGCAAGCAGCCUGGUGGGCCCCCCACGAAGAUGCAGCAUACCCAGGAGAAGGCUCCUCGGAUGUCAGCGCCUCUAAAGCAGCCCAAGGGUUGCCUCAAUUGCAUGGUUUCCCGCGUCCUCAGCUCCAGAAGACCAGGCAGAUGGGUGGACCGGUGAGCAGCGGGGCAGCCCCUGUGCCUCUGUCUCUGCCGAGUCACUCCGAAGCCCGGCAGGCAGCGAGGAGGAGGGGGUUUCUCCAAGGACAGAAGGUGGGAUGAGGAGGCAGGCAGGGAAGAUGAGGGGAGAGGUGGAUCCCGGGUAAGACGAAGGACCUUCCGGGCCCUGCGGAUCAGUGACAAACCGCGGGGAGAAGCCGUUCUGGCUGUGGGCGGUUUAGGGACGGAAGGCACUAAAGCGCUUCGGAAGUGACCAUGAAUGAGAGAGUGUAAUCAAGUCACCGUGCAAAUCGGACAAGCCACGAGGCAGGCACAUCCACGGCUUCGAACUCUGGCCCCGAAGGGGUGCCGGCUAGGGUCGGAGGCAGAGGCGCUUCCCAGAGCAAGUCUAUGGGAGGGGGACUGCGAAGAACGGGGUGUAAAUGCGAGCCUCCAGGAGAACAGACUCCGAGACCACAAGCCACACAGCGACGGGCUCCCACCUGGCUAUCCCCAGUCCAGGGCACCCCUCACCCACCCGGGGAGCUGCGGGUGGGAGGUGGGGACGAGAGUUGAGCUCUCACCGCCCUCUGCACACUCGAGAAUCAGGACCCUGCAAUUGAGCACAAGCAUGCUGCAUGGGGGCGCACCCCAGCCUCUCCGCGCGCCGGGAGGCCCCCAGCGAACAUGAGUUACACCGGCGAUUACGUGCUUUCGGUGAGAACACCGAGUGACGAUCUGUUGCUUCCCCUGAGGUGGCUACAAAGAAAGGAAGCCGGGAGGGAGGGGAGAGGAGGAAAAAAAAAAAAAGGAAAGCGGGGGGGGAAAAAGGCCCGGACUAGCUCGCAGCUUGUCAAUUUCAACAUCGGGUCACAUGACCAGCACCUCCCUGCUAAGGAUGGGGAUAGAUUUCCACGUCAGCUUACGUCUCCAAAUUUCUACUUCACGGAUCCGCUUCAAAGAGGCAGCUGCAGUGGAGAAUCAUGUUAAGCUCGGCUACUGCGGAGAGCCCAAGGUAGCCCAAUGAUGGAUUUUGAUGAGCGUGGUCCCUGCUCCUCUAACAUGUAUUUGCCAAGUUGUACUUACUACGUCUCGGGUCCAGAUUUCUCCAGCCUCCCUUCUUUUCUGCCCCAGACCCCGUCUUCGCGCCCAAUGACAUACUCCUACUCCUCCAACCUGCCCCAGGUCCAACCCGUGCGCGAAGUGACCUUCAGAGAGUACGCCAUUGAGCCCGCCACUAAAUGGCACCCCCGCGGCAAUCUGGCCCACUGCUACUCCGCGGAGGAGCUCGUGCACAGAGACUGCCUGCAGGCACCCAGCGCGGCCGGCGUGCCUGGCGACGUGCUGGCCAAGAGCUCCGCCAACGUCUACCACCACCCCACCCCCGCCGUCUCAUCCAAUUUCUAUAGCACCGUGGGCAGGAACGGCGUCCUGCCACAGGCUUUCGACCAGUUUUUCGAGACAGCCUACGGCACCCCGGAAAACCUCGCCGCCUCCGACUACCCCGGGGACAAGAGCGCCGAGAAGGGGCCCCCGGCGGCCACGGCGACCUCCGCGGCGGCGGCAGCCACGGGCGCGCCGGCAACUUCAAGUUCGGACAGCGGCGGCGGCGGCUGCCGGGAGACUGCGGCGGCGGCGGAGGAGAAAGAGCGGCGGCGGCGCCCCGAGAGCAGCAGCAGCCCAGAGUCGUCUUCCGGCCACACUGAGGACAAGGCCGGCGGCUCCAGUGGCCAACGCACCCGCAAAAAGCGCUGCCCCUAUACAAAGUACCAGAUCCGAGAGCUGGAGCGAGAGUUCUUCUUCAGUGUCUACAUCAACAAAGAGAAGCGCCUGCAACUGUCCCGCAUGCUCAACCUCACUGAUCGUCAAGUCAAAAUCUGGUUUCAGAACAGGAGAAUGAAGGAAAAAAAAAUUAACAGAGACCGUUUACAGUACUACUCAGCGAAUCCACUCCUCUAAGGCUCCAGCGGCUGGAACUGGGUGGGGGGCUUCAUACACAUGAGAUAAUAUGCAGAUUUUGCCCUUGACAAGGUCAAGCCACAUGGUGACUUUUGAAAAGAAGUGUGCAAGAGAGGGAUGCAUGGAGAUAGCCCCACACGAGGCGGCCUGGGACUCUCUUGAUUAAGAUCUCAGUGGUUAAGAUUCCUAAUAAUCAUUGGAUUCUGAGAGCUGUGUAUCAGCUAGAAUGACAGGUUUGGGACCCCUGGUGGUUCACUCUUGGAGCCUGCAGAGCUGCGGGCUGGGUGUGGUCUCCACUGGGGACUGGGCCCCCUGCCAGACCCCCUGGAGGCUAACCCCUCCACAUCCUCCCUCUACUGGGAGCCUACCCACCCCCAGGACCCCUGAGUCAAAAAGCUGUGUGCUCUCCAAGACCAGUUCAGCUUGGGGACAGGGGCAGGAGGAAGGGGUAGGAUUACUAGGUGCCCAGAAUGAGGCUGCUUUCCAAAGCCAAUGUGAACGGCGGCGGCUGGACUUAGAGGUGGCUAUGAGGUGGAAGAGGGCUGCAAAUCCUUGUGGGAAAAGAAAUCUGUGAUUCUAGGUGGUGUCAGUGUCUUUCCACUCCUCCUAGCCACCCACUACACUUAUCCAGCCCUGAGUUCCUAGCCACCGCCUCCUACAGCCCACCUGGCUUUUCUUUCUACCAAAUGAGGGUCUUGGUUCCAGCCUACCACUCAGGCCCAAAGCCUUGUCGCAGAGUGGACUGUUCCCUGAGGUGGGAGAUAUGGAAAAGCCAAGAAGCUGCGGCCAGGCCACUGGCCCCUGAGAUCUCUGCAGGAAAUGGCUGUGGAGUGCGGCAGUUUGGCAAACUCUCCACCACAUGUAAUGAAGCUUGGAUUUGCUCAGUGUCUGGCUGCGGAGCAGCAGGCCUGGCCAGCAGGUCUCCAGCUUUGGCUAUGAGGGCCUUGAGUCCCCCAAAACACCGGGUUCCAGCACCACACUCUACCCUCAUUGGCUCCUGAACUGAGUUUGGAAGCUUCUGGUGACCUUCCAAGAGCCUGAGAGUGAGGUGGAAUUAUUUUAAAAGAUAAAUAUUAUAUUAUAUAUAUAUUUCCCUGAAGGAACCAAAGCGAAUUUUAAAAGAUGCAAUGUAGAGGGGAAAAGAGAUGAUGAAAAUAUUUAAAGGCUCUAUCUGUUUACAGUGUUCCAUGGUUAAACUCACUCACUGCUAAGAAUAUUUGAAUGUAUGCUUCAUACAGGGAUGGUGUUCAAAAAACUUGUAAAUAAAGAAACCAUAACCAAU